AUGGCCUCCGUCGCUGCAGCUCGUCCGGUCAUCAGUUCGUGCCUCUUCCUCUUCCUCUUCCUCCUCUUCGUUGCGGAAUCAGGGGUGUUCGCCGCGAGGCCGGCUCGGAGAUCCCGCCGCAUGAACGCCAUCGACCGGUGCUGGAGAGGGAACCGCAACUGGGCGGCGAGCAGGCAGCGGCUCGCCGCCUGCUCGGUGGGCUUCGCCGGGAAGAUGUGGGGCAACGCCGGAAAGGACGUGACUUUCUACAGGGUGACCAACCCCGGAGACGACCCAGUGAAUCCCCAGCCCGGCACACUGCGACACGGGGCCAGCCUCGUUAAGGGGAAGGUCUGGAUCACCUUCGCCAUGGACAUGGUCAUCAAGCUCGGGAGGCCCCUAGUCGUCAAGAGCUUCACCACCAUCGACGGCCGCGGCGCCGACGUCCAGAUAGCCCACGGCUCCGGCUUCCUGCUCUACCAGGUGAACGACGUCAUCAUCCACGGCCUGAGCUUCCACGACCUGCAACCGCAAGGACCUGGGCCGGUGAUCAGUCAAAGAGGGGAGGUCAUGGAGAUGGGAAGCUCCGAUGGCGACGCCAUACGGCUGGUGGGCUCGUCCAAGGUCUGGGUCGACCACAAUACUCUCUACAGCUGCCACGACGGGCUGCUGGACGUGACGCGCGGCUCCAGCUGGGUCACCAUCUCCAACAACUGGUUCAAGAAUCACGACAAGGUGAUGCUCCUCGGCCAUGACGACGGCCACCUGGAGGACAGGGAGAUGAAGGUCACCGUCGUGUACAACCGAUUCGGGCCUCGAGUGAACCAGCGCAUGCCCAGGGUUCGGCAUGGAUACGCCCACAUCGUCAACAACUUCUACCAGGGCUGGGGAGAUUACGCCAUCGGCGGCAGCAUGAGCCCCACCAUCCGCAGCGAAGCCAACCUGUUCGUCGCACCCAGAGCCGGCAAUAAGCAAGUGAGGAACCGCCACCCAACCUUCUCCUUCUUCUAGCUCCAAAUACACCCACAACCAGUCGGCCUCUGACGCUGUUUUCUUCCUCUUCUUCUUCAUCUCCUGUGGCGCAGAUCACGUGGAGGGAGGGAAGGGGCAAGUCCUGGAACUGGCUGUCGGUGGGGGAUGGCUUCAUCAACGGAGCCUUCUUCGUGCAGACGGGGACACGUGGCCGCGGCCCGGGCUACGACUCUCAGCAGAGAUUCCCCGUCAGCGGCGUCAAGGUCGUCAGGUCGUUGACCAGACACGCCGGUGCUCUUCGCUGCUCCGAGCAAUCGAGAUGCUGA